AUGGGCCACGAGUUCAUGGAGAUGAAGAACACGCCCGCGGCAAUCGACGCGUAUAGGACGGCGGUGAGCAUCAAUCAGCGCGAUUACCGGGCGUGGUACGGCCUGGGCCAGACGUACGAGUUGUUGAACCUCCAUUUCUACGCGCUGUAUUACUACAGGCGGGCGAUGGCGCUGCGUCCGGAGGACGCGCGCAUGUGGUGCGCCAUGGCCCAGUGCUACGAGGCCAUGGACAAGAAGGCGGAGGCCCUCAAGUGCUACGAGAAGGCCCACCGCUGCGGGGACCGCGAGCGCGUGGCGCUGCCGCGGCUGGCGCGGCUGCACGCGGAGCGGGGCGACCGGGCGCGGGCCGCGGCCUGCCACGAGCAGGUCGCGGCGCAGCACUCAGCGCCGAGCGCAGGGCUCCUGUCCUCUGGAGGCAUCCCGACGGACGUGGUCGAGGCCUUGAGGUUCCUGAUGCAGUUCUACAGGGAGGAGGGCAGGCUGGACGACUGCGAGGUCUGCGCCGCGCGGCUCCUGGACACCGCGGGCCCCGAGAAGGACGAGGCGAAGGCCGUGCUGCGCGACCUGCGCGCGGAGGACGGGGCGUUUGCCGGCCUCGGGGUCUUCCAGACCCGGCUCGGCGCGGACUAG